AUGGGAAAGGCUCGCAAAAAGAACAGGACACACAAGAAGGUCGAGGAGGGCGAGAACCCCAAUGCGCCCAAGACACCAAAGACCUUUGUCAUGCGCUCAGGAGAGGUCGGACACUCCGUCAUGGGACUCGUUAACGAUAUCCGUCGCCUCAUGGAACCCAACACCGCCACCAAGCUCAGAGAACGCAAAAACAACCGCUUGAGAGAUUUCGUCGCUGUCGCAGGUCCAUUGGGUGUCACCCAUUUUGUGAUCCUCUCCAGAACCGAGCACGGCACCAACAUGAGAAUCUCUCGCGUCCCCCGUGGACCCACCCUGUCCUUCCAGGUCAAGACCUAUUCUCUCGCCAAAGAUAUCAUUGCCAUGCAAAAGUCGCCCAAAUCCCCCGGUCUCGAGUUCCAGGUUGCUCCCCUUUUGGUUCUUAACAACUUUGGUGACUCGAACGAGAUGAAGUUGAUGUCCACCAUCUUCCAGAACAUGUUCCCUCCCAUUAAUAUCCAGACCAUGCAAUUGGCGGACGCACGCAGGGUAGUCUUAUUGAACUACAACAGUGAGACCAAACACAUCGAUUUCCGCCACUACAACGUCGCCGUCAAACCCGUCGGAAUCUCCAAAUCCAUCAAGCGCGUCAUCACAACCGGUGUUCCCGACCUCCAAGGGUUCGAAGAUAUCUCAGAUUACGUCCUCCGUGGCGCCUUUGCCUCGGAAUCCGAUGUUGAGGACGGUCCCGAAUCGACGGUUACUUUGGGUCAGGAUUUCGUUGGAAGGAAUAACAGGAGGCAGGAUCAGAGAGCCAUCAAGUUGGUGGAGUUGGGUCCCCGUAUGGAGUUGAAACUCGUCAAGAUCCAGGCUGGCAUGUGUGAUGGAGAAGUUCUCUACCACGACUUUGUCAAACGCACGCCAGAGGAGCUCAAGGCACAGAAAGCAGAGCGUCAGAAGAAGUCGCAGGAGAAGGCAGCCCGUCGCAAGACUCAGGAGCAGAACGUCGUCAAGAAGAAGGCCGAGAAGGCUGCCGAGAAGGAGGCCCACCGUCUCGCCACGGGUGGUGCGCCCCGCAAGCCUGAGGAUGAUGAUGAGGAAGAGGAGGUUGAUACUAAAGGCAAGAGGAAACGUGCUGCUCAGGACGAAGGUGAGGAGGAGGAAGAGGAGGAAGAGGAGGAAGUGCCAGAGUACAACGACUCGGACGAUUAUUCAGAUAUGGGAGAUAUGGCCCAUCAGUUCUCGGAUGACGAUGAGGAAGAGUUCUCGGGCGAAGAUGAUGAUCAAAUGGAGGGCUUUAGUGACGACGAGUAG